AGAACCCUUCCUUCUCUUGCCCUUUCUGAGUCAUAGAACUGGAAAAUUGCUGUGUAGCCCACAGGGAAGCAACUGCCUAAACCUUCUUAUGAAAAUCAGCAAGGCCAACAAUUUGGCAAACACGAAUUGACUGGGCAUAAAGUUGCUGUGAAGAUACUCAAUCGACAGAAGAUUCGAAGCCUUGAUGUGGUAGGAAAAAUCCGCAGAGAAAUUCAGAACCUCAAGCUUUUCAGGCAUCCUCAUAUUAUUAAACUUUCCUUCAUUGCCACCACCUGGUCCGAGCUCCCUUCAUCUCGCUCAUGGAUUGUUGCAGUAGCUCCUGCAUCCACCUUUCUGUCUGCGGUCAGUUCUUCAUGUUGCUGCCACAGUUAACGUCUGAAGAGGCCAGAUCACAUGACUACUUUGCUUGAAACCUUCAUCUGUCUUAGAGUACCAGGUCAUCAGUACACCAUCUGAUAUUUUCAUGGUGAUGGAAUAUGUCUCAGGAGGAGAGCUAUUUGAUUAUAUCUGUAAAAAUGGAAGGCUGGAUGAGAAGGAAAGUCGCCGUCUGUUCCAGCAGAUCCUUUCCGGGGUGGAUUACUGUCACCGGCACAUGGUGGUCCACAGGGACCUGAAACCUGAGAACGUCCUGCUCGACGCACACAUGAACGCCAAGAUAGCUGACUUCGGUCUUUCAAACAUGAUGUCAGAUGGUGAAUUUUUAAGAACAAGUUGUGGCUCGCCCAACUAUGCUGCACCAGAAGUAAUUUCAGGAAGACUGUAUGCAGGUCCAGAGGUAGACAUAUGGAGCAGUGGGGUUAUUCUCUACGCUUUAUUAUGUGGGACCCUUCCCUUUGAUGACGACCACGUGCCAACCCUUUUUAAGAAGAUAUGUGAUGGAAUCUUUUAUACCCCUCAGUAUCUAAACCCUUCUGUGAUUAGCCUAUUGAAGCACAUGCUGCAGGUGGAUCCCAUGAAGAGGGCCGCAAUCAAGGACAUCAGGGAGCACGAAUGGUUCAAACAGGAUCUGCCAAAAUAUCUCUUUCCUGAGGAUCCAUCAUACAGUUCAACCAUGAUUGAUGAUGAAGCCUUAAAAGAAGUAUGUGAAAAAUUUGAGUGCUCAGAAGAGGAGGUUCUCAGCUGCCUUUACAACAGAAAUCACCAGGACCCUUUGGCGGUGGCCUACCACCUCAUCAUAGAUAACAGGAGAAUAAUGAAUGAGGCCAAAGAUUUUUACUUGGCGACAAGCCCACCUGAUUCCUUCCUCGAUGAUCACCAUUUGACUCGGCCCCACCCUGAAAGGGUGCCCUUCUUGGUUGCUGAAACGCCAAGGGCUCGUCAUACCCUCGAUGAAUUAAAUCCACAGAAAUCCAAACACCAAGGUGUAAGGAAAGCAAAAUGGCAUUUGGGAAUCAGAAGUCAAAGUCGACCAAAUGAUAUCAUGGCAGAAGUUUGUAGAGCAAUUAAACAACUGGACUAUGAAUGGAAGGUUGUAAACCCAUAUUAUUUGCGUGUUCGAAGGAAGAAUCCUGUGACAAGUACAUACUCCAAAAUGAGUCUACAGUUAUACCAAGUGGAUAGUAGAACGUAUUUAUUGGAUUUCCGAAGUCUUGAUGAUGAAAUUACUGAAGCCAAAUCAGGGACUGCUACACCACAGAGAUCGGGAUCAGUUAGCAACUAUCGAUCUUGCCAAAGGAAUGAUUCAGAUGCUGAGGCUCAAGGAAAAUCCUCAGAAGCUUCUCUUACCUCAUCUGUGACCUCACUUGACUCUUCUCCUGUUGACUUAACUCCAAGACCCGGAAGUCACACAAUAGAAUUUUUUGAGAUGUGUGCGAAUCUAAUUAAAAUUCUUGCACAGUAAACCUAAAACUUUGCUUAUUUCUUUGAUAGCAAUAAGCAUGCAUAAUAAAUCAUAGCCAAAUGCUUCCAUUUAUAUUCAAGUUAUACAUAAUUAUAACUGAGGAUUGGCCUUUUGGAAUGCAUUUUGCACAGGAAUUUGAACAUGAUUAAUAGUUAAAAACCUAAUGUGCAAAAAUGAAUUAAGAUAAUUUUAUUCACUGUUCAGUAGGCAUAUAGCACCAUAUAAUAUACACAAUGAAUUAUAGGUCUCUCAGGCUCACUUGAUUUUUGGCUAUUUUAUAUUUAGUGUACACAGGGCUUUGUAGAAUAUUAAUUUACCAUAAAGGCCUUCAUAUAUUAUUACAUGUUAUGUUAUAUAUUUGCUUCAUAAAGUUAUUCAAUAAAUAUUUGCCUAGAAUCCUCAGAGAACUUUAUAGGUGGUUUUGUUUUCUGGGCUCUUUAACUUCUUAAGUAGCAAGUAUCUUCCAACAGUAGGGACAUCUGGGUGACUCUUCCAUAUCCCCCCAGUAUUCUGUAGUAUAUGGUAAGUCACGUCAAAGAUACUAGACACAUGAAAGUUCGGUUAGGUCCAAAAAACACACAACCAACAUAUUCAGAUAUUCUAGGUACUGAGUUUAAUCUUAACAGUUUGUCCCAUAAUAUCCUGUACAUUCAUUGCUCUUUUUGUCACAAGAGCUGAGUGGCACAUACUGUAAAUAAAUCACGUUGUUUUUGCCAAUCUCACCAAUUCCUCUGCUCCUCGUGUCAGUCAGUAUUGUGUAUGCAAACACUUCUUGCCAUUCGAUCAUGUUAUCUUUUAAAUUGACUCACUGCACAGAAAGAACAUCUCUUAAAACUAAAUGUUCAGAUGUGACUUUUCCUCCCAGUUUUAUCAUAAACCCUUACACAUGUGUAUCUACCACUUGAACUAAACACUUGUUAACAUGUUGCCAUAUUUACUCCAUGUCUAACUGUGUAUAUAGAUGUAGUUAUUCAUACAUAUGUGUAUAUAUGUUCUUCUCUGAGCCAUUUGGAUGUUGCAGACAUACUCAUUGCUCCUCAACACUUCAAGCAUGUUCUAAAAAUAAUUAUUUUUAAGAAUAAUAUUGUCCUUAAAAACCAUAAUCUUCUUAUAAAAGUAAUUCCCUAAUGUCAUCUAAUCAUGCAUAUUUAGAUUUCACCAGUUGUCCUCCAGAUUUCUUUUAUAGCUGGUUCUUUUUUUUUUUAAUCUGGCAAUGUCGUCUUAGUCAGGUAUGCCAUUAUUAUUUCAAUAAAAUAUGGAACAAAUUGGAUAAUUCUAAAUGGUCACUUUUUUGUUUUUAAUCCUCACCCGAGGGAAUUUUUCCAUUGAUUUUUGACA